CAAUGUAGUUCCGGUUCAAUUUCCCUCUUCAGUAAAUGUGUGACAACAUCAAAUAGUUUUUUAUACAGCAUCUAGCAAGUGAACUUAAAAAAAACAAUAUGCCUGGGGCAGACAAGGAAACAGAUCUUACGGAACGAAUCGAGGCUUUUCUUGCCGAUUUGAAGCGGGGAGGCAGUGGGACAGGACCCCUCCGAGGGUCGGGGGUAAUGGCCAGAGAAACCACAUAUUUGCUUCGGAGAAUAACAGCCCAAGCACGAUGGAGCAGCGCAGGUGACCUGAUGGAGAUCAUUCGCAAUGAGGGAAGGAGAAUGACGGCCGCCCAACCGUCCGAGACCACCGUGGGCAACAUGGUACGGCGCGUGCUCAAGAUCAUCAGGGAGGAGUAUGCCAGGUCCCGUGGUAGCAGUGAGGAGACCGAGCAGCAGGAGUCCCUCCACAAGCUGCUGACGGCGGGGGGGCUGAGUGAGGAAAACUUCAGACAGCACUUUGUUCAUCUCAAAGCCAACGUCAUAGAGGCCAUCAAUGAACUCCUCACAGAACUGGAGGGCACCACAGACAACAUCGCCAUGCAGGCCCUGGAGCACAUCCACUCCAACGAGGUCAUCAUGACUGUCGGCCGCUCACGCACCGUCGAGGCCUUCCUCAAAGACGCAGCGAGGAAACGCAAGUUCCACGUCAUCGUGGCCGAGUGUGCCCCCUUCUGCCAGGGUCAUGAAAUGGCUACAGGUCUCUCCAAAGUGGGCAUUGAGACCACUGUAAUAGCAGAUGCUGCCAUAUUUGCAGUGAUGUCCCGAGUGAAUAAGGUCAUCAUCGGCACACAGACGGUUCUGGCCAAUGGCGGGCUCCGGGCGGUCAACGGAACCCACUCUGUAGCUCUAGCAGCCAGGCACCACUCGACUCCGCUCAUCAUCUGUGCUCCCAUGUUCAAGCUCUCUCCUCAGUUUCCCAAUGAAGAGGACACUUUCCAUAAGUUUGUCUCCCCACACGAGGUGCUUCCCUUCGCAGCAGGAGAGAUUCUAUCCAAGGUGAACGUGCACUGCCCCGUGUUCGACUACGUUCCUCCUGAACUCAUCACUCUGUUCAUCUCGAACAUCGGCGGCAACGCUCCCUCUUACAUCUACCGGCUGAUGAGUGAACUCUACCACCCCGAGGACCACAAACUGUAAUCAGUGUACAGAAAAUUAUAAUAAAUAAAAAGGUUUAUGCAAUGGA